AGAUGAGCCCCACCCCCAUUUACAUCAGAUGUCAAGUGCCCCCACCACCAUCAGAAGACAGGUCCCCCACUAUCCCUUACACCCCACCACCAUCAGAAGACAAGUCCCCCUACCAUUCCUUACACCCCCCCCCACCAUCACCCACCCCUUAUCAGAAGGACAAGUCCCCCACCAUCCCUUACACCCCCCCCCACCCACCAUCAGAAGACAAGUCCCCCACUAUCCCUUACACCCCACCACCAUCAGAAGACAAGUCCCCCUACCAUUCCUUACACCCCCCCCCCACCCCCACCCACCAUCAGAAGGCAAGUCCCCCACUAUCCCUUACCCCCCACCAUCCACCAUCAGAAGACAAGUCCCCCACCAUACCUUACACCCCCCCCACCAUCAGAAGGCAAGUCCCCCACCAUCCAAGUCCCCACCCCCUUACCAUCAUCAGAAGACAAGUCCCCCACCAUCCCCCCCCCACCAUAGAAAACAAGUCCUCCACCAUCCCUUACCCCCCACCCACCAUCAGAAGGCAAGUCCCCCACCACCAUUCCUUACCC